CUCGUUGAGUCCCUACUUUUGAAUGCUUUGUCAGAAUUUAGUAUAUGCCGUAUCUAUCUAACGGCGGUGGUGUGUUUAUCAACUCUGGGGGUAUAAGAAGCUUGUAUGGAAUACCUUAGGUCCAUUUCUCAAACCUGACUUAACACUUCUACCAUCUUCUUACCUACAUUACUUAACCUACUCUUUUCUCAUCAUGCCGACGGGUAGCUGUCUAUGCGGAGAAAUUAAGAUCGCCUACGAAGGUGAUCCAGUAUAUCGGGCAAUAUGUUAUUGUCACGACUGUCGUAAAAUGGCAUGCAUGCAGGUUUUCCAGGUGUGGGAAACGAGCUUCUCGGUAACUAAGGGUGAACCAAAGACGUAUACAAAGGUGUCAGAUCACGGAAAUGAAAUCAUAACCUAUUUCUGCGCGACGUGCGGUACGGCUCUGUUUCGAACCGGCGGGGCGGAGAUGAACAAAGGUAAAAUAGGUGUUCGCGCUGGUGUGUUGGACGACCAAAGCAUUCUGGAUAAACCGCCUGCUAUUGAGGUCUACGUCGAGAGACGACCGCCAUGGAUAAAGCAGGUUGAGGGUGCCGUCCAAUUAAACCACAAAUAUGAGGUUGUUUCUCAAUAAGGGUUACGAACCACGCCUCUUAACUAUAGAUAUUAUAAAGGAUUGUAUCUUGUACUAUAUUUUCUAUAAUAUCUCGAUGUUCGCC